GUCGUGCCAUUUUUUUUUUUUUUUUUUGCUUUGCAUCUUCACCGGGCGGGAUUUCCGCAAUAAUAUCAAGUAUGGCGAAAACAUACGACUAUUUGUUUAAAUUACUGCUAAUCGGGGACUCUGGUGUCGGGAAGACCUGUGUCCUCUUCAGGUUUUCAGAAGACGCCUUCAACUCAACGUUUAUCUCAACAAUAGGUAUCGAUUUCAAGAUUAGGACAAUAGAGCUUGAUGGCAAGAAGAUAAAGUUACAGAUAUGGGACACAGCUGGUCAGGAACGUUUCAGAACAAUCACAACAGCCUACUACAGAGGAGCAAUGGGGAUCAUGCUUGUCUAUGACAUCACAAAUGAGAAAUCAUUUGACAAUAUCAAGAACUGGAUAAGGAACAUAGAGGAACAUGCGUCAUCUGAUGUCGAGAAGAUGGUUCUUGGCAAUAAAUGUGACAUCAAUGACAAGAGGCAGGUUUCCAAAGAUAGGGGAGAGAAGCUUGCACUAGAGUAUGGGAUCAAGUUCAUGGAGACCAGUGCAAAGGCCAACAUCAAUGUGGAAAAUGCAUUUUUGACUCUUGCCAGAGACAUCAAAUCAAAGAUGGACACAAAAAUGGAAGGUAACGCCCCUCAGGGCAGCAGUCAUGGAGUCAAGAUCUCCGAGCCACAGAAAAAGACCAGUUUCUUCCGCUGCAGCUUGCUCUGAGAACCGAAGCCUUCCAUGCUGGUUACAGGCUGGCCGGACACAACUUGACUGUGUUUGCUCUCAGCACUUCCUCCUCUUUUUUUCUUCUUCUUUUUUUUUUUUUUUUUUUUUUGUUGCUUAUUCUACCCAACCAUGGCCUCUCCCGGUUCUCCCGGUCUGCAAAAACCACUAUUGUCAGUAAGCGGAGGACUUCCCCUCCACUCUUCCUUUUCUGAAGGCUUCCAGAGGUGCGUCACUUCCAUUAUUAGAGGAAAACCUGUCUUUGCUUUUCAAGAGUUUUUAACUGACAAAGGACUCAUCACUGAUGUGUUUUCUGUUACAAAAUCGGGGGCUUCUUGUAUUUCUCUCAGUCAGUAGCACAGCCAGCGACAGAAGAUACUUGCCUCAUUAUAAUAUUUUUGAAUUGGAAAUCAAAUGUGGUAUUUUGGUCUACUUUUAAUGGCACUCUUUAGGUGUUUGUGUUACAUGUUGCCGAGCAGAGACUGAUGGUUCUGAACUUCAGUGAAACAGAGUUGCACUUUUUUCAUAUCAGCAGCUGAAGUCAUAUCAAGGCAUAUAAAGUCCAUUCGAAAUCAUUCAGAAAGUUUUGUUUUUAUUUGUUCUUCUUUGUUGUUCUUGACAAUCAUCCGAUGAGACUGAAAAUGUCCUGAUCACUGCCUCCAAACUAUUUUUGCAGUAGCAUUCAAGUGUAAAAUAUCAUCCUUUGUUUUCUCAGUCCUGCUGUCCAAAUUUAGCCAAAAAAAAAGAGGUGGCAUAUUUUUGUAAAAGGGUCUUUAAGGUGGCAACUUGUAUUAGUGGUAGAGAUGGACUAUGAAGCUUUUCCUGGUUGAAAGGACCUUUUCUUUAUGCUAAUUUCUUCCUAUGAAGGAAUAAAAAGGUGAAAUGGUUUCUUGAUAGAUGUUACAGGUUUAAUUCUAACAGAAAAUGAAGGAAUUGCAAGAUUAUCCCCAUCAAAGUAUUAGCCAUGAACCCUCUGUUGAGUUUUGUUAAACUGAAAAUGAAUUGUAUUGAAGCAUAUGCUAUUGGUUGAUGCAUUUAUACACUGAAAACAGUGAGAUUUCACAUUUUGUAACACAUUUAAUCAAUAAAAUAAGAAUUUUAGUUAUUUGACAUUCUAAUGAAAGAAAGAUUGGCUUAUUCCAGGUCUUGUCAGAUUGUUUGUUGUGUUUAUAUAUCAUUACAUGUUCUUAAAUAACCGAAGAGGCCAAGAGUAAUAAACUAUUAUAUGAUAAAUAAACAUUCGGUUUUUCAGAUUGGAUUGCGUUAUCAUCUGUGUUUGAAAGCCACACAGGCAUGUGGGCCUGAGGUUUACCCAAAACCAAGUAUUUUCAGAAACUCUUUAAGAUUAAGCCCUAAAAUGUUAUCAAUCAGAACAGACUGAUUCUGAGGCCCAACAUUUAGAAACCAGAUUUACUUUUUUACCUCUACAAGUUAAAUCUGCCUAUAUUAAAAUGUUUCUCCAUAGUGGUUUGGGUGUAUGGGAGUAGCUGGUUAAAGGAUGGAUUGCUGUGAAUAUGCAUGGAAAAAUUAAGUAUUUAAAUUUGUAGAGAUACUCUUUAGUUUUUUAAAAACAAAUAACAGAAAUAGAGUAUUUAUUCAUUAGGUUUUCUAGGAGACGGAUAGAUAUUAACGCUUUAUUUACUUCCUGUUUGGAAUCAGAUGUUUGUGCUUCCUUUGUCCUCGGAUGUCAAAACUCUCAUUAUAUUCUACAAAAAAAUCUGGAGAUGUGUUGAACAUUUGCAUUAGUUUUUCAGCAAUUUUCAAAAUGUUUUUGAAACGGACGUAGAGCAUCACACAUCCUCCACCGUGCUUAACAGUGAGCAUCAGGUGCUUUUCAAUGUAUUCCUUUUUCACACAGGAAAAAUUUCAGUAUUUUCCAGAUGUGGAUAAUAAGGGAAGCUUUCAUCCCUACAACAUGGUCUAAAACUGCUGUCUAUUCAGCUGGUUGCCCAUGCAAUCACUUCUUCCAUACUUUAAACAUGACUGCAGUAGCAAUGGCUGCUGCUAAUUCAUAGUGAACAAAAAUGGAGGGCUAAACUGACGAAUAAGUGGGAAAUUGUGGGGUUUUGGCAUGAAAAAUGUGUGGAAAGUCUAAACAGUCCAAUUGAAACACACAAUUCCAGCUAAAGUGUAGAGUUGAGCUGGGUGAUUAAUCUAUUUAUUACUUAAUCCAGUUCUUGGUUUUUGAAAAUGUAAUUUUUUGAUUUUUUUUUUUCCACACCAUUUCAGUCCUUGUGUUUCCAUAGUUCAGAGUGAUGUCAUCAUGCCCCAGGCCGCCAUCUUGUUUGACACGUGUUUUACAACUUCUGUUUGUUUUGACGUUGAAUUCAGUUCAACUCUACGACAAAGUAUUAGGGCCAGGCAGAGAAUAAAAUUAUAAUAUCACAAGAAUAACAUAGUACGACAAUGGAGUCAAAAUAAUAUGAGAAUAAUAUUACCAGAAUAAAGUCGUAAUAUUUGAUGGAAUUUUUUGAGAACUCUUACCCAAAAAUGAACAGUUAAAAUGAGGAAUGUUGAGCAAAUUGUGAAGUUUUUAGUACAAGUUUUACAAAUAAGGAAAUGCUAAAUUUCUUAGCACCUCAUCAAAUGAUCAGUAGCAUGACUCUGAAAUAAUUGUGCAAAGGAAUGUUUAUUUUGAAGAAAGAGCCACACAAACUGAGCUGAUCACGUCAAAUCUUGAUAACUAUACUAAAUUCUGGUGAAAUAGUCUUAUUCUGCUAAUAUUAUGACUAUAUUUUUGUAAUUAAGCUAAAUAUUUUCAUAGCCUGCCCAUAAUACUAUGUUGUAUAACUCACAGAAGAGAUGACUGAAAUAUAAUUCACUUUUAAAAAAUAUUUGUAAUUUCUCUUCUUUUUUUUUUUAGAAAAGAAAGGAAGAAAAUUAAAUUAGGAAAUUGGUUCUGGCAUGAAAAAACAAACUCAACAAACUUCAUAUCUUCCCGAUUGAGAUGCAGGCACUUAUGUUG